UAGUAUAGUAACAACGAAAGUAAUCAUCAAUUUAACUCAUAAAGAUCCUAAAAAGUUUCUAGACGAUGUUUUUCCAUUAUUCAAACGUGAGAUUUCCAAAAUUUUGAAACAAAUGUCAUGCCUCAAAGUUAAUUUUACUUUAUCAGGGGAUUUUAUUAAAGAAUCAAAUGAUGGGGAAAUUGUUGAUCGCAAAUAUUUCAGUACGCCAAAUAAAGUUAUCGAUUCAAGCACUGACUUGGCUGCUUGGUACAAUGAAAACGCUGUGGAUGUUACAUUGAAUGAAUUAGUCGAAUUCGAAGAGCAACAGUCGAGGUGGGCUUUGAGUAAAAUUCUUUUGUUGAAAGUAGCAAUUAAUAAAUAUGUGAUUGGUAACGGUUCUUCUUUCAUUCCACUGCCGCAAGAAAUCGCAAGAAAGCAGGCAUGCAUUAAUGUACGAAACGAUGACGAAAUGUGCUUCUAUUGGAGUAUUAUUAGCGCCUUGUAUCCUGUAGCGAAACAUCCACAAAGAGUGUCAAAAUAUCCACACUAUUCUACAGUUUUGAAUACUACAUGGCUGAAUACUCCAAUGGAUUUACAUCAAAUUUCCAAAUUUGAGAAACUUAAUGAUAUUUCUGUGAAUGUUUACACUUUGGAAUUAAAUCAAGCAGAAGAAAAAUCAUUUUUUGUAGUGGUACCUGCCAGACUCACGACAACAAAACGAGGCAGACAUGUUAAUCUGUUAUUAAUUCAAGACAAAUAUUUUCCAAAACUGAAUGAUUAUGAGGCUCCAACCAUUAAUGACGAUGACGAGACUGAAAUUAAAUUCCAUUAUUGUUGGAUCAAAGACAUGUCUCGAUUAUUAAGUAGACAACUGGACAAAAAUUGCAAGAAAAAAAUCUUUUGUGAUAGAUACCUUAAUUAUUUUUCAAGUCAGCAAAAAUUAAAUGAUCAUACUGUUUUGUGCGAAAAAGUGAAUGAUUGUAAAAUUUUCUUUCCUAUAUCCGGUUAUGUGGAAUUUCGAAAUUAUGUUCAUAAACAAAAAUGUCCGUUUAUAAUUUUUGCUGAUUUCGAGUCACUGUUGGGAAAUGUAAUGAAAGCAUAUCUAACAAAACUACAAAAUACCAAAAACAUAUACCUUUCAGUGCAGGCUACUACUUCAAGUGUUCCUAUGACGACAGUCUCUCUCAUUUCAAAAGCUUUCGAGGUGAAGACUGUAUGAAAUGGUUUGCCGAUGAGUUGUCUGAUAUUGCAGAAUUUGUUGAAUCUAAAAUUAGGAAUAUUGAGCCGAUGACAGUGCCUUUGAAUAAUAUCGGUGCUGCAAUGACUUGUCAUAUUUGCGAAAAACCCUUCGCCCCCAAAGAUGUUAUCGUGUACGAUCACGAUCACUAUACAUGGGCGUUCCGCGGUUUUGCCCACCAAGCCCCCUGUAAUGUCAACUUUCGAAAAUUAUUCGUGGUAACCAUUACUUUUCAUAAUCUUUCAGGAUACGACAGUCACUUCAUUAUCAGAGAUAUCGCAAAAAAAGGUUGUGUGAGCAUACUUCCCUCAAAUGAAGAAAAAUACAUUUUCUUUACACAGAAGGAUGCUGAAACUAAACUUAAAUUUCGAUUUAUAGAUUCUUUUCGAUUCAUGGGAACAUCGUUGGAUGAAUUAGUAUCCACAUUGGAUCAAAUUUGGAAAUUAAAAAAAUGAAUUUAAUCAUUUAGAUGAGGAGAAAUUUGCUCUUCUCACCAGGAAGGGAGUAUUUCCGUAUGAAUAUAUAGAUAGCAUGGAAAAAUUGAACAUCACCGAGUUAUCAUCACGAGAAGAAUUCUAUAAUAAAUUGAAUGAUGAAUACAUAACAGAAGAGAAAUAUACUCACGCACAAAAUGUUUGGGUAUCAUUCGAAAUUACAAAUUUGGGAUCGUAUGCGGACCUAUAUUUGACAACAGAUAUUUCAUUACCGGCAGACGUUUUUGAGAAUUUCCGUCAAAGAAGCAUGGCAAAUUAAAGGUUGGACCCCGCAUGGUAUUAUACUAUGCCUGGUUACACGUGGGAUGCCAUGUUGAAGUAUACGAAGUGUAAAUUACAGAUUCUAAAAGACAUUGACAUGAUUAUGUUUGUAGAAAAGGGGAUAAGGGGCGGAAUAUCGGUUUGUUCAAAUAGAUAUUCUGAAGCAAAUAAUAAAUAUAUGGAAGCAUACAAUCUCGAAAAACCUCCGAAAUAUCUUUUAUAUUCAGACGUCAAUAAUUUAUAUGGAUUGGCAAUGUCAGAAUUUUUACCUCACGACGUUUUUCACUGGGUGGAAAAUUUUGACAAAGAUGUAACUGAAAUUCCUGACAAUUCUUCAGAAGGCUACAUAUUGGAAGUUGAUUUGGAAUACCCUGAGAGAUUACAUGAUUCGUAUAAAGCUUUUCGGUUUUGUCCAGAGCAUCAGGCACCACCAAAUUCCAAACAAAAAAAUUAAUGGGUACCCUGUAUAAUAAAAAUAAAUAUAUUUUGCAUUAUCGCAACUUGAAACAAGCAUUGAAAAACGAUUUGAUUCUAACCAAAAUUCAUCGGGUUGAGAAAUUCAAACAAUCUGCAUGGCUGCGUCCCUAUAUCGAGUUGAAUACUCGUCUAAGGGCUGCAGCCACCAGUUCUUUUGGCAAAAACUAAUGAUUAAUGCUGUUUUUGGAAACACGAUGGAAAACAUUCGGUUACACAGGGUGGUCAAACUUAUGAAUUCCUGGAACGGUCCUUAUGGCGCCAAAAAUUCAAUUGCGAGCCCUCGAUUUCAGAGUCGAACCGUUUUCGAUACAGACUUGGUGGUUAUUGAAUUGAAAAAGACUGAAUUUGUUUUCAAUAAACCUCUGUACAUCGGAAUGGCAAUUUUAGAUAUUUCAAAAACAUGCAUGUUUGAUUUCCAUUACGAUUUCAUGGUGCCCACUGUAGGUAUAGAAAAUUGCAAGUUGAUGUAUACAGAUACAGAUACAGAUAGCUUCAUCUACGAAAUAAUGUGUGAAGAUGUCUAUCAAAAACUCAUCAAAAAUAACCUAUCAAAAUUCGAUACUUUCGAAUAUUCGUCCGAUAAUAAGUUUCAAAUUCCACUUGUGAAUAAAAAAAUUCCUGGGUUAAUGAAAGAUGAAGCAAAUGGUAAAAUCAUCACGCACUUUGCAGGGUUGCGUUCCAAAAUGUACACCUACAAAGUGCAGGGUGGAAAAGUUAUCAAAAAAUCAAAGGGAAUUCGAUAUAAUGUAGUCAAAAAUAGAAUUGAUUUCAAAGAUUAUAUCGAUUGUCUCAUAAAUUCUAAAGAAAAAAUUUGUGAGCAGUUUACUAUUCGAUCAUACGCUCACAACGUUUUCAGUAUCAAGCAGAUGAAAAUAGGCUUGAGUCCACACGACGAUAAACGAAAAUUAAUCCCCAAAUCAUCUGACACUUUACCUUGGGGGACUAUAACUUGAAAUGGGGUUAUCAUUUGAAUUUUAUUUCUGUUGAUGUGGUUAAUUGAUAUAUUCUGUCUUUGUUUGAAUAUGAACUGAUAGGUGUGUGUUACUCUGAGAAUUUUCAACAGCGGUAGGAGACCACCAACUUUUCAAGAAUUGACUGCAGACAGAAAUAUGUUUGAGUAUUUCAGUUUUUGUAUUUAUUAUUGUACAUGUACACGUUGAUAUAAUUCGAAUGAAAUAUA